AUGGCUCCUAAGAACGUUGGAAUCAUAAUCUAUUCUCUAUACGGUCACGUCGCUAAGAUGGCGGAGGCUGUCAAGGCUGGUGUUGACAGCACAGGUGCCACUGCAACGAUUUAUCAAGUUCCAGAGACGCUAAGCGAUGAGAUCCUGACGAAGAUGCAUGCGCCACCUAAACCUGAUUAUCCAAUCGCUACAAAUGAAACAUUGACCAAGUACGAUGCCUUCUUGUUUGGCAUUCCAACGAGAUACGGUAACUUCCCUGCUCAAUGGAAGGCAUUUUGGGAUGCCACUGGUGGUCUCUGGGCCAAGGCUGCGCUACAAGGGAAAUACGCCGGCGUAUUCGUUUCCACUGGUACUCCAGGAGGUGGUCAAGAAGUUACUGCUUCGAACUCCUUAUCCACCUUGGUUCAUCACGGGAUAAUCUUUGUUCCAUUAGGGUACGGUGCCGCUGGUGAACUCCAAGUCAAUCUGGAAGAGGUCCACGGUGGUUCUCCUUGGGGUGCAGGAACUUAUGCCUCUGGUGAUGGUUCAAGACAGCCUACAAAGCUUGAGCUGGACAUUGCUACUGCUCAGGGCAAAUACUUUGCUGAGACCGUUGCUAAGGUUAACUUUUAG